GAACAGAGCCAUACCACUCUCCCUGAUGAUCUCAGCAAGUAGCUGCUUCUCCCAGACAGAGUUGGGGUCAAAUCCACGCAUGUCCUCUUCCCACCAAAGCCCACUCUCUCCAGGCUUGCUGGGGAGGAAGAAUAACUACAGCCCCCCUGGGAUUUGUCUGUGUGAGGGCAGGGUGCACGAAGUUUGAGGCAGAAGUGAAUGGACGGGUGUGCUUCUUAGGGAAGCGGCAGAAAGGUGACGAGAAGUGGACAGUGGCCCCCGAGAGGGCCCUGGUGCCAUGGACAAUGAUGAACCUCUUGAGCCUGAAAUAAAAGAUGAACCUGAAACCGAGCCAGCAGCACGGAACAGUGACGAGACCUUCUACUGUGAGGCUGAGGCCUCUGUGGCUAUAGAAAAAGAGAAGCCAGGCGGGGAGAGCUCAGAAACAGACCUGGAGAUCGAAGAUACGGAGAAACUUUUCACCACCGGACAAAGGGAGCUGUACCUGGAGGCCUGCAAACUGGUGGGUGUAGUGCCCGUCUCCUACUUUAUCCGGAACAUGGAGGAGUCCUACGUGAACCUCAACCACCAUGGGCUGGGACCCAGUGGUACCAAGGCUAUUGCCAUAGCCCUGGUGUCCAACACGAGUGUUGUCACCCUGGAGCUGGCAGACAACUGUAUCAUGGAGGAGGGCACCUUGAGCCUGGUUCAGAUGCUGCAAGAGAACUACUACCUGCAAGACUUGAAUAUUUCCAACAACGAUCUUGGCUUGAAGGGGGCCAGCACCAUCUCAGAAUUUCUUCAGAGAAAUACCUCUUCACUCUUGAACCUCCAGCUUUCAGGAAAUAACUUCAAGGACGAAUCCGCAGAGCUGUUCUGCCAAGCCUUCUCGGCCAAUUACCGAAUUAAGACACUGGAUCUCAGCCACAACGAGUUCUCUGAUAAGGGAGGAGAACACUUGGGGCAGAUGCUGGCCCUCAAUAUAGGACUCCAGUCACUGGAUCUGAGCUGGAAUCAGUUCCACACACAGGGAGCUGUGGCCUUGUGCAAUGGUCUCCGGGCUAAUGUAACCCUGCAGAAACUGGAUCUCUCUAUGAACGGCUUUGGGAACGAGGGGGCUACGGCCCUGGGAGAGGUCCUCAGGCUCAACAACUCCCUGGUCCACAUAGACGUCAGCAGCAAUGACAUCAGCAACGAAGGAGUCCUCAAAAUCAGCAAAGGACUGGAGUUCAAUGAGAGCCUCAAAGUUCUGAAGCUUUUCCUGAACCCUGUGAGUAUGGAUGGGGCUACGUUACUUAUCCUGUCCAUCAAGAGGAACCCCAAAUCCAAGAUGGAGGAGAUUGACAUUUCUAAUGUGCUGGUGUCUGAGCAGUUCGUAAAAAUAUUGGAUGGGGUCUGUGCCAUCCACCCCCAGCUGGACGUGACGUACAAGGCAGUGCAAGGCUUCUCUGCCAAGAAAGAGCUGCUCUUGCGGACAAACCCCAUGAAACUGAUCCAGAGCUAUGCAGACCAGCACCAAAUCACGGUCAUAGACUUCUUCAAGAGCUUGAACCCUAAUGGAAGAAUGAUGAUGUCUGUGGGUGACUUCUGGAAAGCUAUGAUACAGCAGGACAAGGUCCCUAUGAACCCGUACCAAGUCAGGGAGCUGAUAAAGAAGCUGGCUGAGAAGACAGGCAUGGUGAACUUCAGGUGCAGCCUCCCCUGAAGCAGCUGGCCGCGCCCUCCCUGGCUUCCGAGACUGGCCCCACUGUCUGCCCUCCUCCUCAACUCCAAUUCACCCUCCCAGCAGAGCUGCAGCCUCAACCGUGUGCUGUUGGCUGUGGGACCAGAUUCUGGGGACACAGUGUCAAAGCCAAGUAGGAGGGGACGUAACAGAGCACGUGGGUAGGCCCUGGCGUGGUGAGAGGUCUGUGGCAGGUGCCUGGGUAGCUCAAAGAGGAGGAUUACUCAGGCAAGAAGCAAGGGCGGAAGCGUGAGCCUCACGUGGCUGGGAAACUGCAGCCACUCAGCUCUGCUGUGGCCUAGGGGAUGAUGCCGUUGUGACUUGGGCUCAAUUCCUUAAAGAGACAGGAAAGGGCCUGUGUAACAGCAAGAACUGUAAGAACACCUGUAAGCCCCUACCUUGGGCCAAGUACUCUGUGGGGCCCCAAACCUGCCCAGGUGCCUGACGCUGUCGUCGCCCAUAUGUGGCCCAGGUGCCCGGUUCUGUCAUCACCCGUACGCAGUGAAGGAUGAAGGCUCCCAACUGACCCAGCAACCUCUUGUCUUAGACACCAGUCCUUAGGGAGCUCUAUCAGAGGGACCCCCCUCUGGUCCUGCCCCCCAAGCCUCCCCACCCUGUACCUCUGUUCUGUGCCCUCUUCAAUACUUGCCACGGGGAGAAGCCAGGGCAAAGAUAGGAAAGGCAGCCGGACCUAUCUGCACACCUUGCUUCUAGGGAGGGGGCAGCUCUUCACAGGGCUCUUAGUCUCCAAGUCUUUAGAAUGGGGUGUAACCACAGCACCCAAGCGGCUUUGUAAGGAUAGAGUAGGGACAAUGUGCCUAAGAGGCUGGCACAUGUCACCCAGCAAGAGGGCUCGUUCUGAAGAUGUCUCAGGCUUGCACGUCCCCCACACCACGUCUCUGUCCUGAAACUCCCCACCUGCCCCCCCUAAAGUGGUGCUUGGUGUCCUUGGGAAGCUGGUGGGAAGUGCCCAGGCAGAGGCCAAGAGACCAGGUUCCAGGUCCAGCAAACCCUUCAGCUUUGCAGAUGAGGUCAAAUGGCCAUCAAGAGGCAAUACUGGGGUCUGGGUCCCCGUGUCUUGGGAACUGAGGGGGCGGUCUCUCGUGGGCACCUCAAAUUGUCCCUCAGCUCUAGUCUAAUUGAAGAGCAGAGCGGUCAUUUUUAUUGUUGCAUGAAUUUUUUAUUUUCAUUUUUGUUACGAAUAAUAUCUACUUGUAAAAAUUCUAAAUCCACAGAAGUACAGCAAGAAGAAAGUGAAGGUUCUUUUUUUAUCUCUUCUCCACGGUACAUGCUGCCUCCCAUGAACAAUCCCAGCGCACAUUUCCGUGCCUUUCCCAUAUUUGCCAUCGAGUGUGCAUGUGUGCGUGCACACGUGAGUGUGUGUGGUGUCGUGGUUUAAAACGUGGGCUCUGAGGCCAGACUGCCUGAGUUCCAAGCCCAGCUCCACUCCUGUGCAAGUUACCCAAUCUCCGAAAGCUUCAAUUUCCCCAUCUGUACCGUGGAGCUAAUAAUAGUACCCAUGGCAUCGGAGCUUUUGAGGAGUAAAUGGAUUAAUGCCUGUAAAGCAUUUAGAACAUUACCUGGCAUGUGCUAGGCUCCGAGUACACAUAUGUUUUAUUAUACAUUAUUGUACCCUCACACUGACAAACACACGGUUUCUUGUUUAUCCUAAAUAGAAUCAUGCUAUCACGUUCCUCUGAAUUUGCUCUGCCUUCCAGUAUGUCUUGGCAAUCUUUCCGUGUUUGUGCAUUUAGAUCCAUCUCAGUCUUUUUUAACUGCCGCGUGCUAUUUCAUAGCACAGAAGUCUCCUUAUUUAUCUCAUUGUUAGGGACAUUUAAAUUAUUUCCAUUGUUUUGCUACUACAAAUAAUACUAUAACCAGCAUCCUUUUGUAGAUGGUGUUUGCCCACACGUGUUUCUCUAACAAGGUGGAGCGGAUCCAGGGCAAUCGCUGGGCCAAAGGGUGUGCACAUUCUAAAUUUCAGUCGACUGCUAAACCCUUCCUUGCCAAUGGCAAAAACCGAUUCUUCUGCCCCCUCCCCGGGCCGACACCAAAACUUACCCAUGUUCAACCCUCCUCCUGCGAUGGGUUUACAAAUGAUCCUGCUUGGAUUUGAGUCUGCCUAAACACUCCCUUCAAUCAGGCGGCAUUGGCACUCAGCAUUAUCCCCUUACCUUUCAAACCAGUUUCCUAAAAACAGAGAAGCGGUAGCAACAAGUCUGGUCUGAAAAGAAGUCGCCGCGACGGAGAGGUCCUGGCAAGUCGAUUGGUGGCAUUCAGGAGGCGAAGAUCUGUUCUGAAACCUCCGUAGACAAACACCAAGUUCAGACUGUGAGCAAGCCAAUAAAGUCUGCCUGGGUCCCCAAGUCUCUGGGCUGCAGGUGGCGUGCCCCUCGCCCCCCCCCCCCCCCCCCCCAGCAACUGGAGCAGCGCCCUUUGGUUUUGGCGACCAGCAGGGGGCGCAUCCUUGGUGGCCUUAGUAGGAGCCGGAAGACAAAUUGGGAAUGCAAUGGCGUUGCUAGGCAGCAAGAAAAGAGCAGUUGGGGGGGGGGGGGUGUUGGAGAUCAGUGCACAAAGGCAGUCAUCCUAGUAAAUGUAAACUGUAUCCAGGAGAGAGAUUUUGGAGACGCGGGAGGCAGUGGAGAGGGAGCAGAUGCUCAGGAACAAGGACAUGGGGGGGGGGAGUGCUUUAGAAGCAAAUGCUGAGGGGUCAUGUGUAGAGAGCCCAGGAUGGGAGACAGAGAGACCUGGCAUGUAGUCAUAGCCCGGUGCCACCUCGCCACCUGAGUGUGGAGCCUUACGCUUCCAUCGGAAAAAAGUAGGACAGCCGAAAUUAAGGCUUCCCAAUCUGUUCUGGGAAUCUACUGUUCUACAUUUCUUUUUAAAAUUCCUUGGAAGCUAAGGAGACACGAAUUGCUGAGCACAAGAGCAGGGAUAGUCAAGAACAGCAUGCGCUGAGCAGGUGCGGGGAUGGGUAACUGGCGGGUUCUGAUUAGCCCCGCCAGUCGUCUCUGUGGAUGCACAAGGGCAGGGACUGAAUCACGCAUCUCUGUACCACCGCACAGUGCCUGACACAUAGGAGAUGCUCAAUAAAGACCUAUGGGGUGAACAAACACAUUCACCUGGCAAUUUUGGGGGGCAAGUGGUGGAAAAGUGGGAAAGUUUGGGGGUGACCAGGAACCGACCCUUUAGAGCCCUGAUGUGUGACGCAUGCUGAAACGGCAUCUCGGAAUCCAGUCACUGCCUUUGGCUUUCCCUUUGCUUCACCAGGGCUGGAGCGGAGGCUGAGGUCUCUCUGCCCAUGUGGCAGAAUCAUUAUUUGAAAUAAUUUAUACCCCCUUCCCGCAGUGCAUUUUCCCCUUUCCCUUCCUUAUACAAGGUCUUAGCCCGAAGUUGAAUUUACAUUAAUUGGGUGACAGAGGGGCUCAGAGUCAAAAUUAGGAUAAUAAAAGAAAAUAAAGAAA